CUGUUGCCUUCCCUCGCUCGACGUUACCUUGCCUUCCUCACCUCACAUUCUCCUCGACGCCUGGCUACACCGCCACCACGACAAUGUCCAGCACUUCCGCAGCCUCGCCGCCCCUCUCCAAGAGCGGCAACGCAAACGGAAACGGGCAACAUAGACCUGCCCACAACGGCACGCGUAAGAAGAUUGACGUAUCCAGCGAUGAGGACGACGUGCCUCUCGCCAAAAAGCCUAAGCGCGACACUGCCUUGAACGGAAGCUCAAGUCACGCGAGCUCGUCCAAGCCUACAUCGUCGAACGGCAAGGCCAGACCAGCAGUCAAGCGAGAGGCUUCCAGCAGCAGCGCGGAUGAUUCGGACUCGGAUGUCCCCUUGAAGAAGGCUAAAGCUGCAUCCACAGCUGCUUCCCGACCGCGAGCCAGCUCUAGCAAAAUCAAAGCAGACCCCUCGGACGACUCUGAUUCUGACGACGAUGCGCCCCUGGGAGCCAGCAAGAAGCGCUCAGCCGUCACCAAGGCAGCUCCUGCGCAGAAGAAGAGGCUUUCCAAUGGUGUCAGGAAGAGUUCAGCCUCUCCUGCCAAAGCAAAGGCCGCCAAAUCAAGGUCAGCCUCAUCGGACGAGGAAGAGGAUGACGAUGGCGAGGAGGAAGACGAAGACGCUGAAGAAGACGAUGACGACGGGGAGGGCAAUGAGGGGGCCAAGAAAAGCAACGUCAAGCAUACCGGCGAUGGCGGGCAGAUGUGGAGUACUCUUUACCACACUACGCCGCGGUUCCCACCUGCCUACGAGCCUCUGCCUGCUGAUGUCAAGCUGAAGUACAAUGGCAAAGCUGUACAACUCCCUCCGGAAGCUGAAGAGGCUGCACUCUUCUACGCUGUGAAGCUGCAGACGAUCUACGUACAGGACCCUGUGUUCAACAGCAACUUCUUCAAAGAUUUCAAGAAAGUUCUGCAAGACCACCCACCUCUGGACGGAACCAAGAUUACCGACUUCGACAAGCUUGACUUUGAGCAGAUGCACGACUAUCAGAAGGGCAUCAAAGAGGAUGAGAAGGAGCGCAAGAAGAAGCUGGCUCCCUCGGCCCGCAAGAAGGAGAUGGAGAACAAGAAGGCCGUCGAAGAAGAGAUGAAGAGCUGUCUGGUCGACGGGAAGAAGCAGCGUGUGGGCAACGUGUUGGUGGAGCCUCCGGCGCUGUUCAUGGGGCGUGGAAAGCAUCCCAAGCGGGGUAUGAUCAAGCCUCGAGUUCAGCCGGAGGAGAUCACGAUCAACCACACUCUCAACGAUCCCGCUCAUCCGCCUCCCGCUCCGCCUGCCGGCCAUAAGUGGAAGUCCGUUGUCGAGUACAAGGACGUCACCUGGCUUGCUCACUGGGUCGACUUCAAUGGCAACUACAAGUACGUCUACCUCGACUCCACGUCGUCGUUCAAGUCCAACUCGGAUCGAGACAAAUUUGAGAAGGCUCGCAAGCUGGACAAGUGUAUCAAGAAGCUCAGGAAGACGAUCGAUGACAUGCUCAUCAGCAAGUCUAGACAGGAGCGACAGCUGGGCACAGUUGUGUGGCUCAUUGACAACUACAGCUUGCGAGCUGGUAAUGAGAAGGGUGAAGACGAGGCCGCCACCUAUGGAGUCUGCUCGCUGCUAGUCGAGCAUGUCAAAGAGCUCGUCGAUGCAGAGAAGAAAGUCCAGCUCGAGUUCCUAGGAAAGGACUCUAUGCUGUUCAAGGAGACCCUGGAGGUCCCUGAGCGGAUCUUCAAGAACAUCAAGAUGUUCGCUACCAGUACGAAGGAUGCCAAGGGAGCUCUCACGACCAAGAGCGCAACAGAUGCCAUCUUCGAUCGAGUGGACACUGCAGAUGUCAACAAAUUCUUGCGCGAUCCCAGCAAAGGCGGUAUGGCUGGUCUUUCCGCAAAAGUCUUCAGAACAUACAAUGCUUCCACGACUUUCCAAGGUCUACUGAACAAGACUGCUGAUAAUCUGGAGGAGCGAUCGAUCGAGGCUACCGCUCAGACUCUCAAGGACGAGUAUAUGCAAGCCAAUCGACUUGUUGCCAUUCUGUGUAACCAUCAGAAGACGAUCAACCCCCAGGUCGCCGAACGAGCAACACAGCGUGCGAGCGAGAAGAUGAUCGCGCUGAAGUACGACAUUCAUAAGGAGCGCCAGAAGAUCUUGACAGUUCAUAAGACCGCUAAAGAGGUCAAGAAGGAGUACCCACAGAAGGACUACAAGGAGUUCGACUGGACCAAAUUCCUUGAGGAAGACCUUGGUCUGACGGAGGACGAUAUCAAAGAGCAUGAGGAAAGACUUGUCAACAACAAGAUUACGAGGCUGGAAAGCGCUUUCGAGAGGCAAGAGGCUGAGCGACUUUACCAGAUGGACCUUGCCAAGGCUGGUCUGAUCAAGAAGGAAGAGCCGGCAGACGACGUCAAGCUCAAGGGCAAGGGUGGCAAGAAGCAGCGCCAGAGGUCCGAGACUCCCGAAGAGGAAGAGGACGGCAAACCUAAGGUCGCCAAGAUCAAGACAGAAGAGGAUGUUGCCUCCGAGAAGAAGGCUCUGCAGGACAUGCUCAAGACUCUUGAGAAGGAGAGGAAGACGGGCAAGGCAGCCGAUCCUGACUCCAUCAAGGUAGACUCCUGUGCUAGGAAGAUCAAGAGCAAGUUCGACCAGAUUCGCAAAUUCGAGGCGGACUUGGACUCCAAGAACAAGACGAGCGACGUGUCUUUGGGUACAUCGAAGCUCAACUACAUUGACCCUCGAAUCACUGUAGCGUGGCUGAAGAAGUGGGAUGCCUACCUUGUUGCUCAGGAUGGGCCUGCCCCCAAGAAGGGCAAAGGCAAGGUCAAGGACGAGGACGAAGACGACAAGAAGGGCGUCAAGGGCAAGAAGCCCGCCGUCAAAGAGGAGAAGGCAGGCGAGCCAGACAAGCUCGAUCUUCAACUGCAGAAGCUGCCCAUCGGUGGGUACUUCCCCAUGACCAUGCAGAAGAAGUUCAAAUGGGCCGACUACUCGGACUCGCAACAGCCCGGUCUACCUUCGACUUGGGAGUUCGUACCUGAAGCCACUGCCAAGAUCCGCGACAACAUGAGCUCAGCUAGGAGGCAGGAGCUGCAGGACGAGGUAGCCGAGACGCGUAAGGACGAUGCGACCAAGGCUGGGAAGAAGGGGACUGCGAAGCCCAACACCAGCAAGAAGUCUGUUGAAAAGGUCAUUGAGACGGGCAAGAAGGAGAAGCCCGCGCCGAAGAAGCAGGCACCGGCAGUGGUGGAUGAUAGCAGCGAUAGCGACUCGGACGUACCGCUUGUGCGCAAGAAGUGAGGUCAGUCGCGAUAAGCAUCGUCAUCAGAGAAAAGCGAAGUCCAUCUAUCUGGCUCUCCGGCCACACCCACCCCUUCGUCAUGCAAUGUCCGCAAUCCAUAGAUUUGCAUUUCUUGUCCGCAGGAUAUAGCGUGUUGUUUGUUGUUUAAGAGACAUCAAAAGGGAUACGUGUGGUGGGCUCCCCUGCGAUCUCAAAGAUGCCUACACGGUCAUUCUUCCAGUCAAAGGAGACGCGAGGUAGCUCUUCUACCUCGUUGCCGUUGUGCUUCUCCUCCAGACUCGCCUUUGCACCGCUCUUUUGACCACCUUCCUUUGCGACUGCUCCAUGUCCGGCUCCAACUCGUCUCCUCUGCGCCUCAAAGUGAACCGCCUUAUAAGCGCC